AUGGCACAGACUGGCAUUCGAAUCGCGAUCGACCGCGGUGGCACAUUCACAGACGCAUGGGCCCAAAUCCCUGGCCAUCCUACCGAUAUCAUCUUCAAAGUUCUUUCCGUAUCACCGGGCGAAUACGAUGAUGCGCCUACAGAAUGUAUCCGACAAAUCCUAGAGAUCGCCAGUGGCUCCGUCAUUCCCCAAGGUACACUUUUGGAUCUCGAGCCUGUGGAGUCCAUUCGGAUGGGUACUACAGUCGCCACGAACGCAUUGCUCGAGCGCAAAGGCGAAAGGGUUGCCUUGCUAAUUACCAAGGGAUUCCGGGAUCUUCUCAAGAUUGGAAACCAGGCUCGACCCAAUAUCUUCGAUCUCUCAGUACAGCGGUUGACUCAAUUAUAUGAGGCCGUGGUCGAGAUCGACGAGAGAGUUACGAUUGAAGGGUUUUCAGAGGAUUCAGAGCCUAGGACGAUUGACGUGGAUUCUGAUACGGAGCUGCAGAUUGGCCUUACGGGGGAAGUCGUGCGCGUGUUACGCUCACCAGAUCUGAAGGCAGUUCGAAAAGACCUGCUUUCCCUUUGGGACCGAGGCUAUCGCUCAGUGGCCCUUGCACUUAUGCACUCAUACACAUUUCAAGAGCAUGAGACUGCCGUCGCAAAGAUUGCGCGGGAGCUUGGCUUCAGAGUUACAAUCUCGUCAGAGCUACAAGCUAUGGCGAAAAUCGUUCCUCGCAGCCAGUCAGCUGUGGCUGAUGCUUAUCUCUCGCCUAUGACCGAGAAGUACUUGGAUGGAUUUAGGAAAGGGUUCAAGGGCGAACUAGCAGAUGAUAAUUCUAGAAAGGUCUUCAUCAACCAAUCCGAUGGUGGAUUGACCUCGGUUGCGAAUUUCUCUGGCCUUCGAGGUGUGUUGAGUGGACCAGCUGGCGGUGUUAUUGGCAUGUCUCGAACAUGCUAUGAUGCAGAGGAUGGAACGCCCGUGUUGGCGUUUGAUAUGGGUGGUACUAGCACCGACGUCGCCAGAUUUGCCGGAACCCUAGAGCACAUCUUUGAAAGCACCAUUGCCCAAGUGACUAUCCAGACUCCACAGCUUGACAUCAACACAGUGGCUGCUGGAGGUGGGUCAAUGCUCUUCUGGGAGAAUGGUCUAUUCAAAGUUGGUCCUCAUAGCGCUGGAGCCCAUCCGGGGCCAGCGUGCUACGGACGGGGGGGACCUUUGACCGUGACGGACGCCAAUCUCUUCCUCGGGCGCGUUAUUCCUGAAUACUUCCCAAUGCCCCUUGACUUGGCCAUUGUCAAGGAGAAAUUCACAUCACUUACAGCAGUCAUCAAUGCCGAGAAAGAUGGCUCUUCUCAACUCACGCCAGAGCAAGUGGCGGUGGGAUUCCUCUCAAUUGCGAAUGCAACUAUGACUCGCCCUAUCAGAACCUUGAGCGAGGGUCGUGGAUUUGAGACUGCCACUCAUAACCUUUGCUGCUUCGGUGGAGCUGGUGGACAGCACGCGGUUGCCAUUGCGAGAGAUCUUGGAAUUCGACGAGCGCUUAUCCCUCGCUACUCGAGUAUUUUAUCCGCGUACGGAAUGGCUCUCGCCGAUGUGGUCGUUGAGAACCAAGAGCCCGAAGCAACAUCUUUCAAUGUGGAAGUUAUCCCCCGACUCGAGGAGAGGUUUGCCAGACUUAAGAAUGCUGGCGUCGCAGGCCUACUUUCUCAGGGCUUCUCAGAGUCCCAGAUUCGCCACGAGCUAUUCUUGAACAUGCGUUAUCAGGGAAGCGAUACAGCACUGAUGAUUGCUAUGCCCAAGACCAACAACUUUGAAGACUUUGGAAAUGCGUUUGCCGCCCGCCAUUGGCAGGAAUUUGGUUUCACGCAGCCCCGAGAGAUUCUGAUCGACGAUGUUCGGGUGAGAAGUAUCGGUAAGGGUAUGGAUGUGAGUCUUUCCAGUCCAUGCGCGGAACUGAAGAAGUUUGUCGAUUCGCCGCCUUCGACUCCAAUUCAGCUAGACAGAAAAAUCAAGGUCUACUUUGAACAGUGUGGCUGGGUUGAGGUUGGCCUUUACUCGCUCAAGGACCUUUUGCCUGGCACCCGUAUCAACGGUCCUGCCAUAGUUAUUGACAAGACUCAAACGAUCAUCAUUGACCCAGCCAGCGAAGCUAUCAUCCUACCAGAGCAUGUCGUAAUUGAAAUUUCGGGAACGGAAAGGCCUGAAAUCAGUACUGAUGCCGUUGAUCCUGUACAGCUCAGUGUCUUUGGUCACCGUUUCAUGAGCGUGGCAGAGCAGAUGGGACAGACUAUGCAGAAGACCUCAAUUUCAGUGAACAUUAAGGAGCGACUGGAUUACUCUUGCGCUGUCUUCUCAGGAGAUGGCAGUCUGGUUGCCAAUGCACCUCAUAUUCCCGGCCAUCUGGGUUCAAUGAGCUAUGCAAUUGCCUAUCAAGCUCGCCGAUAUAAACCCGGCGAGUUGAAGCCCGGUGACGUCCUUCUAAGCAACCAUCCUAGUGCGGGCGGCACUCAUUUACCAGAUCUGACUGUCACCACGCCUGUCUUUGAUGAUGACAACAAUCCUACAAAGAUCCUCUUCUUCGUUGCCAACAGAGGUCACCACGCAGAUAUUGGAGGUAUCCAGCCAGGCUCCAUGCCUCCACACUCCACGGAGCUCUGGCAAGAAGGAGCGGCGGUGGAAUCCUUCAAGGUAGUCAAGGAGGGCGAAUUUGACGAACCGGGCUUGAUCGAAAUUCUCGUCGAUAUACCUGCGUCGUAUCCCGGCUCAAGUGGCACUCGUACUCUCCGCGAUAACAUCGCUGAUCUCAAAGCCGCGAUUGCUUCGAAUAACAAAGGCAUCCAUCUGAUCAAGUCAUUGAUCAAGGAGUACACUUGGCCUGUGGUCCAAUAUUACAUGCAGGCAAUCCAGGACAACGCCAGCCAGGCCACCCGUGAUCUUCUCAAGGUCAUUGCUCAGAAGUUCGAAGGACAGCCCUUGGAAGCAAUUGAUUAUAUCGAUGAUGGGACACCUUUGGCUUUGAAAAUAACCAUUGAAGAGAGUGGAGAUGCGGUGUUCGACUUUACCGGAACCGGGCCUGAGCACUUUGGCAACUUGAAUUGUCCGCCAGCUAUCAUGUACUCUGGAAUUAUGUAUUGCCUUCGAUCAAUGAUUUCAUCCGAUAUCCCACUCAACCAGGGCUGCCUCAAGCCCAUCAAGUUGAUUUGUCCACCUAAUACCCUCCUGUCUCCUUCCCUCAAAGCAGCCACCGUGGGUUCCAAUGUCGAGACAUCGCAACGAAUUGUGGAUUUGAUCUUCAAGGCAUUCCGUGCAGCCGCAGCUUCGCAAGGAACCUGCAACAACUUAACGUUCGGCUACGGUGGCACUGAUCCCGCCACUGGCGUCGUCACCAAGGGCUUUGGUUAUUACGAAACAAUCGCCGGCGGCUCUGGCGCUGGCGCAGACUGGGAUGGCGAGAGUGGUGUUCACACGCACAUCACCAACACCCGCAUCUCAGACCCCGAGACCUUCGAGAGACGGUAUCCAGUUAUCCUCCACGAAUUUUUAAUUCGGAAGGGAAGUGGUGGCGCUGGUCGACACCGUGGUGGUGAUGGGUGUAUCCGCGACAUUGAGUUCCGGUUACCAAUGCAGGUAUCAAUCCUUUCAGAAAGGCGUGUGGUUGCGCCGUACGGUAUGGCCGGUGGCGAGGAGGGGAAGAGAGGUGUCAAUAUCUGGCUGAGGAAGUAUCCAGAUGGGAGUAGCCGGUAUAUUAGUCUUGGUGGUAAGGCCACGACGCAGAUGAGCGCUGGUGAUCAUAUCAUUGUCUACACGCCUGGAGGUGGUGGCUAUGGUAAGGAUCCGAAUAUGAAGCAAGAACAGACAAAUUUGUACCGGCUGCGUCGAUUCUUCGAACUCAAGGGAGUGUUUCAGAGAGGAGUUCGACGGCUACUAGUAAUUGAGUCUAGCAUGAGGCGAGAUUAG